AUGAGGACGGAUGAUUGUGACAUGAUGGACCUACCUGUGUCUGGUGUUGACGAGAUUGAAGCGGAGCUGCUACCUUCAGCUGCAUUGCUCCGUGAACAGUGUAAUGAGGAAUUGUCUUCGUCUCGCUAUAUACGGACUAAACACGACACUACAAUGGAGCAUUUGGCUGAAUUAAUCCAUCUACGCGUAAUGGAAGAAGUUCAGUCUAAUCAAUCUGAUUUUGAUGCCGAUCCUGUACCGUCCCUCUCCCUCAACAUUUCUACGUUUUUAGUCGCAAUAACGAUCAUCAUAUUCGGAAAAUUUUUUGCACGAAACAAUGCUAACAGCACAAAGUGCAAUAACUCGAGAUGA